AGUUUGUGAGACAUUCAAGCUUCUGUCACAAGAGCCCAGGCUGCUAAUUCAAGUUCAUGUUCAAUACCUGUAUACCCCCAACUCCUUAAGGACUGUCACCCUGAUCCUGAAGUUUCCGAAGCCAGCUGUCUGGCCAGGAAUUGCUGCUGGUCUCCAUCUAAAAUCCCAGGCAUCCCUUGGUGUUUUGAAAACUUUAAUGAGUGUUCCAUGCUUCCUGGCUCCGAACGAGUUGACUGUCAUCCAGAACCAGGGGCAAAUGAAGUUAACUGUAAGAGCCGUGGAUGUCACUGGUGUGCUUCUGAAAUUCCCAGCAUUCCGUUUCGCUUCUCUAACACCAAAGUUGCAUCUGAUUGUACCGCAAAAUUUCCCAUUAACAAGCGCAUUGAUUGCCAUCCUCAACCUGGAGCCUCUCAAGAAACUUGUGAAACUAAAGGCUGUUUGUGGUGUUCUUCAGUGGUUGCCAAUGUGCCCUGGUGCUUUUACUCGGCAGAUGGUCCGUAUGGCUAUUCUUUAAAUGACCAACCUGAAAAGACAGCUCAGGGAUGGAGGUUAAUAUUAAACAAACAUGACUCUAUAAGCCUGUUUGGAAAUGACAUUUCCCCAAUUGGAAUGGACAUAGAGUAUCAAACCAAGAAUCGCCUCCGAUUUAGGAUUUAUGAUCCUAAUAAUAAGCGAUUUGAAGUUCCACUCAACAUUGAUUCUCCCCCAAAUGCACCUGUUGACCCUGACUAUGAGAUUGAAUUUUUAAAUAAUACAUCCCUUUAUUUCAGAAUAAUAAGAAAGACCACAGGAACAAUAUUGUGGGAAACAUCUCUUGGAGGCCUAAUUUUUUCUAACCAGUUUUUACAAAUGACCACCACUCUCCCAUCCACUUCAGUUUAUGGAUUUGGUGAACAUGAACAUCCAUCCUUUAAGCAUGAUGUUAAUUUUGUUAAAUAUGGAAUGUUUUCCAGAGAUCAAUCGCCAGCGGCAUUUAGCAAUCUCUAUGGAGUUCAUCCUUUUUAUAUGUGCAUAGAGAAUGAUUUUAAUGCUCAUGGUGUUCUCCUCCUGAAUUCCAAUGCCCAAGAUAUUACUCUGAAACCACAUCCUUCUUUAACAUUCAGGACCAUUGGAGGAAUACUUGACUUUUAUAUAUUUCUUGGACCUACUCCCGAAAAUGUUGUCCAGCAGUACACUGAGGCUAUUGGACGUCCAUAUUUGCCUCCAUACUGGUCUUUGGGAUUUCACCUGAGUCGAUGGGGCUAUCAUAACAUAGAUGUGCUGAAAAAUACAGUUGAACGUUUAAAAAAGUAUGAUAUUCCUCAUGAUGUUCAGUAUGGUGAUGUUGACUACAUGGAACGUCAGAUGGAUUUCACAUAUGACAAAACUAACUUUGUUGGUCUGCCUGAGUACAUUGAUCAACUGAAAAAAGAUGGAAUACAUUAUGUGAUUGCUUUGGAUCCCUUUUUGACAAAGGAUGAACCACGAGGUACUUACAGGCCCUUUGAGCUUGGAGAGGAAAGGGGAAUUUGGAUCAAUAACUCUGAUGGAGUCACGCCAGCUGUUGGCGAGGUGUUGUCUCCAGGAGAGUCAGUAUUUGCAGACUUCACCAACCCCCAAACAUCAUUAUGGUGGAUCGAGAUGUGCAUGGAAUUUCAGAACAUUCUUAACUAUGAUGGAAUCCUGAUUGAUAUGAAUGAACCAGCCAAUUUUGGAAGAGGACAGCAACCAGGAUGUGCAAGGAAUAAUCUAAACAACCCACCCUAUGUGCCUUAUAUCACUGGUGGAGUUUUGGCUGAGAAAACAUUAUGCCCUGAUUCCAAGACAUAUCUGGGAAAUUUUUAUGAUGCACAUUCUUUGUUUGGCUGGUCACAAACAAUACCUACUUUCUAUGCUUGUCAGAAUGCUACAAAAAAGCGAGCAUUUGUUCUGAGUCGUUCAACGUUUGUUGGGAGUGGGCGAUAUACUGGCCAUUGGCUAGGUGAUAACUUUUCCCGUUGGAAAGAUAUGCAUAUGUCAAUCAUUGGAAUGCUAGAAUUUAAUCUCUUUGGAAUUCCAUAUGUUGGAGCUGAUAUAUGUGGGUUUAAUGAAGAAGCAACUUCAGAACUUUGCCUGCGCUGGAUGCAGCUUGGGGCAUUUUAUCCCUUUUCCAGAAACCAUAAUGCAUUUGGAAACAAGGAACAAGACCCUGGGGUGUUUGGAGAAGAGUUUGCUGCAAUUUCCCGUUCUAUUUUAAAGAUUAGAUACUCACUACUGCCUUACUUAUACACCCUCUUCUACCAUUCUCAUGUCAGUGGAAGUACAGUGGUCCGAGGACUGAUGCAUGAAUUUACAUCAGAUCCUCAGACUCAUGGAAUUGACAGAGCAUUCCUUUGGGGCCCAGCUUUAAUGAUUGCUCCAGUUCUUCAAGAGGGAGCAAGAUCUUUGUCCGUGUAUUUUCCUGAAGCAUCGUGGUUCAGCUUAUAUACAAAUUCUUUGGAACUUGGACAAUAA